AUGGCAGCCCUGAAGAUAACAAAAGUCAAUUGGCAAUCCAAACUAAAUAAAGCUGCCCACCACACCUCUGAUUACAGCAGCACAGAAGCAAUCUUCAGGAGAGGGCAGCCCUUCAACAUCUCUCUGAACAUCAAAACAACAGUGCAAUCUUGGGACAACUUCACCUUUAUUGCAAGCACAGGACCAUCUCCAGCAGAAUCACAGCAGACCAAGGCCGUAUUUACCCUCUCAGAGGAGGGUGCCAGUGGCUGGAGUGCAGCCCAGGAGCCCAGCGAGCCUGGCUGCCUCAACUUCACCAUCCUCAGCCCAGCCAGCGCCGUCAUCGGGCGAUACAAACUCAAACUCCAGGUCCUUUCUGGGAACAAGGUCUUUUCAAAAGUCCUGGGCCAGUUUGUGCUACUCUUCAACCCUUGGUGUCCAGAUGAUGAUGUCUACAUGGCUAACGAGAGGGAGCGACAGGAGUAUGUCCUGAAUGACAGUGGAAUCAUAUUUCAGGGACUGGAAAAAGAUAUCCAGCAAGAAGCUUGGAACUAUGGACAGUUUGAAGAGGAUAUUCUUGAUAUCUCUCUGGCUAUACUGGAUCGGAGCCUGAACCACCGAGAAGAUCCAGCUGUUGAUGUAUCCAACCGAAACAACCCUGUCUAUGUGAGCAGGGUGAUCAGUGCUAUGGUCAACAGCAACGACGAGAAGGGAGUAGUGGAAGGGAAGUGGAACGGGAAGUACCGCUCCGGGACAAACCCCCUGCAGUGGAGUGGGAGUGUGACCAUCCUUCGGAAGUGGCACAGGGGGAGGUACAGACCCGUCCGGUAUGGCCAGUGCUGGGUCUUUGCAGGAGUCACCUGCACAGUACUGAGAUGCUUGGGAAUACCUACUCGUGUUAUUACCAACUUCAACUCUGCCCAUGACACCAAUAUAAAUCUGAGUAUUGAUAAGUACAUUGACAUUUCUGGAAAGACCCUGCACUUGACUGAAGACAGUGUGUGGAAUUUCCAUGUCUGGAAUGAAAGCUGGUUCACUAGAAGAGAUCUUGGUUCUUUUUAUGAUGGAUGGCAGGUUCUGGAUGCAACACCCCAGGAAAAAAGCAAAGGCAUCUAUCAGUGUGGUCCUGCCUCCAUCAGAGCCAUCAAAGAAGGGGAUGUGAACCUGGAUUAUGACAGCCCAUUUGUGUUUGCAGCAGUGAAUGCUGACUGUGUUACCUGGAUUCGCCACAGCAAGAAAAGAAAGGAGAGGAUUUAUUCUAACACCAGGAAGAUUGGGAAAUGUAUCAGCACCAAAGCAGUGGGCACCAACUCCCGUGUGGAUGUCACUGCUAAUUACAAAUAUCCAGAAGGAUCCUCGAAAGAAAGGCGGGUGUACAAAAAAGCACUGAAGCUGCUGGGUGUGAGAAGAACCGGAAAAAAACCCAAAACUAGAAAACCUAAAAGGCGAUUUUCAAGGGCCCAAACCCCCAGUAUCUCAGGGAAGCUGAUCCUCGACGCAUCUCCUGUGAUUGGCCAGGACAUCCUCCUUACCUUGUCACUCAGAAACCUGAUCUCAGAUUUCAAGACCAUAAAAGUUAAAUUGAAGGCUUCAGCCAUUCUCUACACAAGAAGACCAAAGGCAGAGAUUUUAGAGCUGUAUAGGUCUAUUAAACUGGGAUCAGAAGAAGUGAAGGAGUUUUCAUUCGGGAUCCCCUAUUCCCAAUACAAAAACUCUCUGCUGGACGACAGGAAGAUCCUGGUGACUGCUGUGUGCCAAAUCAAAAAGGGAGCCUCGCUUCUGGUUGAGAAGGACAUUGUCCUUCAGGAUCCUUUUCUCACCAUCAAGGUCCUUGGUCCAACAGUGGUACACCAGGCUGUUAAUGUGGAGGUCACAUUUACCAACCCACUGUCUGAUGAGGUGACAGACUGUGUACUGAGAGCUGAAGGUAGUGGCCUGCUCAAAGAGCAACUCAGAAUCAGUGUGGCAAGAAUGGCCCCCAUGGAGAGUUCAACAGUCCAGUUUGAAAUCAUUCCCUACAGGAGUGGCACCAGGCAGCUUCAGGUGGACUUGGUUUGCAUCCAUUUUUCAGACAUUAAGGGAUUUGUGACGCUUGAUGUGGCUCCUGCUCAGUGA